AUGAUCAGACAGUUUGUCAGGUUUUAUUCGCAAAAAGUGGCCAUUCUGCCUGUUCCUUACGGCUUGUCCCGAUUCGGGGUGGCUCCGGACCAUCCAGAGGUAAAGGAAUGCCAAACAAGAUUCGAAGAGGUAGCUCACGACAAGCGUUUCAACUUUUAUGGUAACGUCGAUAUUGGCAAAGAUGUCUCAAUUGAGAUGCUAAAGGAUAACUACAAUGCUGUCAUUUUUGCCUAUGGGUGCAGCGAGGACAAUAAGCUUAAUAUCAAAGGUGCCGAUCAUAAAGGUGUCAUAAGUUCUCGUCAAUUUGUUGGCUGGUACAACGGUGUCUUUGAUUUGCAAGAUCUUAAUCCUCCGUUAGAGAAGGCGCGUCGUGUUGUGAUUAUAGGCAAUGGAAACGUCGCACUCGAUCUUACACGAGUACUUUUAGGUCCUGUGGAUCCACUAUGGAAAUCCACAGAUAUAACGGCUAAAGCAAUUUCCAAGUUAAAAGAGUCAAAAGUGGAACAUGUAACUAUCGUCGGAAGAAGAGGGUUGCUACAAAGUGCCUUCACCAAUAAAGAACUGAAGGAGUUGAUAGAUAUGCAUUCAAUUGGAGUAGGGUUUAAAGGUGUCUCUGAAGAUCAUAUUGCUCCUUUUGCCCCACUUGCAAAAAAUCUGGGGAGAGUACAAAAGAGAAGGUUGGAUCUUCUUACUAAGUACUUUCAAAAAGUCAAGAAUAGCACCAAAACUGCAUGUACCAAGGAAUGGGAGUUACAGUAUCUACUUUCUCCCAAAGAGAUUAUUGCCAAAGAUGACCAACUUCUAUCCAAAGUAGUGUUUGAACACAACGUAUUAGUUCAGCCUGAUAUAGAUGUUCCGGUGUCAAUAGAGCCGACGGGUGAAUUCACUGAGCUACCCGCAGACCUAUUAAUAUACUCUACGGGUUACAAAGGAUCUGCCAUCCAAGGCUUGAUUGAGGCGGGAAUUCCCUUCAACGAGAAAAAGGGAUAUAUUCCAAACAAAGAUGGUAGGGUAUCGCCGGGAAUUUAUGCAUCAGGAUGGAUCAGAAGGGGUGCUACUGGAGCCAUUGCAUCUACUAUGAUGGAUGCAUUUUUCGUGGCGGAGACAGUGUUAAGUGACUUGGACAACUCUUCAACUGAAAAACAUGGAUUGGGCCACUACAUAAGCAAGCAGAAUAAGCCAGUAGUAACAUGGCAAGACUGGGAAAAAAUACAGCAACACGAGUCCGAAGCGGGAACCUCACUGGGCAAGACCAGAGAAAAACUCACCACAAUUGAUCAAGUGUUGGAACUCAUCAAAUGA